AAUUUCUGCGGGACGAAAACCAGCGAAAUACCCGUGUCCGAAGGUCAAUUUUGCUUCAGGGAAAACUACGGAUUGAAGCCGGCGUCGUUUGGACGAGAUAGUAAUGGUUUGUCUUGUGCAUUGAACGAGGUCGUUCAAUUGCAUUCUAUGGUUGGGUUUGCUAUUAUGGCG